UGAUGAACUCCAUUAGACAGUAUCAGCUACCGAUCCAGAAGUACAUUGCUAUGAUGGAACUCGAGGGGAGAAGUACAUUGCUAUGAUGGAACUCGAGGGGAGGAACACAAGAUUGUUCUGGCUUGAGAGGAGCAUUCAAGUCAUGGUUGUGAAUGAUGGUGAAUGUGACCUUGAGAUCAUGGAUGCCAGUUUGAGAUGAUGGUUUGAGAACUGGGGUAUUUUUAAUGUUCUGUCUAACAUCCUAUUAUGGAUUCAUUUCUUGGUUUAUAUUUUCUUGUUUGAGAAUAUUUAGAAGUUGCUACUAAUCGUUUAAAUAAUCUUUCUUGAUACCAGUAUGCUCGGAAUAGCAAGAUGGA